AUGAACUCUAAUAUAGAUACAAGUGUAUAUGUUGGAAAUAUCGAUCCUCGUGUAACUAAAGAGCAAUUAUAUGAACUAUUUAUUCAGGUAGCUCCAGUAGUUAACAUAAAAUAUCCAAAGGAUAAAAUAUUACAAAAAUACCAAGGCUAUGCAUUUAUCCAAUUUGAAACAGAGAAGGAUGUUGAAUAUGUUAUUAAACUCUUACAUAAUACUGUUUCCUUAUAUGAUAGAUUACUUAAAAUAAGGAAAUCCGCAGUUAAUACCAAGAAAAUUAUUUAUACUACAGAUUCUAAAAACAUUAAUAAAAGCAAUAUAUCCUCUUUUAAUAGUAAUGAUAAAUUGGAACCACCUGUUGCUAAAUUAUUUGUCAAGGGGUUAGAUGAAUCUAUUGAUGAUAAAUCGUUACAAUCAUAUUUCAAUAAAUUAGGACCAUUAUAUAGAAGUCCAGAAUUUUUCUAUGUACAUAAUAAUAGUAUUCGUUGUGCAUUUAUUUAUUAUAAAAAUUACAAGGAUGCAGAUGAAGCGAUAAAUAAGCUUAAUAAACAAUUAUUAGCAAAUAAAGUCAUCACUAUUGAAUAUGCAUUUAAAGAAAAUAACAGAAGUCAAAAAUAUGGAAAUGAUAUUGACAGAUUGCUAAACAAAGAAGCCUUAAAGAACGGAUUGUUAUAA